UUUUUUUCUAAGUAUUUCUGGCCAACAGGGUGGGGUAAGACAGAGCAGGGUACAGGACAGGACAGGGUGAAAAAAACUGCCCUGUGGACACCUCUGGUAUCUAGUGACACAUAUCAUAAUAUAAACAGUACAUUCAGAAUCAGAAAAAGUUGCAUUUAUAUUUUGUUGGCACAAAAAACUUAUCAUUGAAUGCUUUUUUUUUUUUUUAUAUAUAUAGGAAGUCAUUUUCAAUCAGUUGCUUGUCUUCCUAAUGCAUCCGAUGUAUUUUUUGCUCUAACAACAUCUGGUUCACGUACAAAUAUUGAACGUUGGUCACUUGUUUCUGGUUCUCUUAUUAGACGAUGGUAUCAUGAUAUAUUUGAAUCUGAUGAUCGUCUUAUAUCAUGUAUACGUGCUAAUGAAACAUGUUUAGCUAUUUGUAUAAAACAACAAAAAACUGAAAAAGGUCCUCAUAGUGAUAAUAAUCAAUGGCGUGUUGAUUUAUUUGAUUUUACACUUGUUCGAAUGUAUCGUGGAUUGAAUUUAAAAAGUGGUGGUCUAGGAACUUAUAUAACUCCAUUUGAUGAUCGAUCAUGGUUAGCUAUAAAUGGUAAUGAUAUAUGGUUAUUAGAUGAACAAGGUGGAUGUAUUGAAGAAAAAACAAUAAAUGAACGUGAACAAUUACAUAAUAUAAUUGUUAAAGAUGAAGAUAUCAAUGGACAAAGACAAUUGAUAGUUAAAAUGGGUAAACCAGCUGAAUUGCGUCUGAUUUAG